AAAGGUAAUAAAAUAACUAAUGUCGCCAAUGCCAAUGAAUUCGAACAGGAUAUUAAAACCUAAGGAACUUAUCUGAUGGAGCGAUGGUUUUUUACAGCCAAUUGAUUUUCCAUGUGUGUAACUUUAAAAGAGAUGAAUUUUUAGCAAUGUAAUCGUAUGUAAAAGGAUAAUAUAUAAUCUGCGCUGCAAAAAGGGUACAAAGUUUUAAAACAUCGGUAACGAAGUGCGAGGAAAUGCUUGUUUUUGCAAGAAAAAUAAACAGGGAAAAUGGGAAAUUCACAUAACAAAAACAACCUUUUUGUAAUCAAGUGCGAGAAUUCGGGGAAAAAACAGCAGAGAGAAAUUCUACAGAUUCACUGGUAAAUGAUCUUAUGCAAAUCAGCAACGAGGCUGUAAAUUCCAUCUGGAAUAAAAUGACAGAUUUAGAACGGCGCUUGGCUCCAAGCCCAUGCAACUCAAGCAUCUUUAACAGUACAAUGAAGAUGUCCACCAAGAAUACCAAAGAGGAAGCCUUGCAAGGCUUUGUGCACCGGCGUAAACCACCACGACGACUAAAAUCCGCAACUUUGUUGUACUCGUUGGUGUUUGCAGUUGUGGGAGCAGCGCUGAGUGGCAUCAGCUGUGUAAACAGUUCGCGUGCUUCCUCUUCCAUUCUAUCAAGGCUAAAUAGUGCGCCUUGGAUGCGGCCUCAGCCAGUGAACGAAGCCUUGUUUGGCACGAAUCCCCUUCAAGGAUGGAGAGUACCCGAAGCGAGGAAUAAAGUGCCCUGCAAUCCAAACCAUUUGCAUCGACUGAAGCUCGCAAGCAUCGAUUCAAGCUCACGCGAGAAAUUUCAGUUGAAAUUGAGCAGGGGACGAGAGAGAGAUAAAAUUUCGCAUUUGUGUAAAGAAAGCUCCAUUGGCACGACGAAUGCCACUGGACGAGAUGCAAUCUUGUUUGAUCUGAUCGCGCAAUAUCUUCCCCUUAAAACUUUUCAGGCGCCCAAACGAAGAACCAAACUUUCCCACAACGGAAGUGUACACAAAGUUAUCGAGGGGAAAUCUUUUGCCCGAUAUGAUCUUGAAACAUGGGAUCAAAUGGGAGCAUCGAAUAAAUAUAGCAUAAAUAUGAAUUCAACGUUAUGGAACAACGAAAGCUUGAGGCACGAGGAGUUAUCAAAUAAGCUCACGAAUGAAGGCAGAGAAGCCGAAUUAAAAAGGAAAUAUUUUCAACCGACUGACUUAACCCAUCUUUCUGAAAACACCAGACUUUUACAGGGACCAAGUAUAAGUCAGCGAAUUCACAAGCGCUCGAUAGCCGUACAAAAUCUUUACACAAGGCCUGCCCCGAAAGAAAUGCCUCCGCCAUCAAGAUAUGGCCGCUACAAGAAAAAGCUUCUCUCAGGAAGGUCACGUCGUUUUGAUGCAGGGGACUGUGGAGCUGGUCUUCCAUCAGACUGCCUUGCCAGGCCUGGUGUCGCCCGGAAAGCCAUGGCAGGCUUGAGAGGUCGCACGACGAGCCGCAGAGAAGCUGUCGUAAGAGCUUCCCUCAUCAACGAGGACAGAAGCUACACGCUCAAAAUGCUGCCGCGCAACCGCGUGGUCGGCCUCACUCUGCAGCCCGGCACGCAGCACAGGUUAUUGUUCCCGGUAGAGCGCUCAUCAGGUCCUUUGACGUUGACAAUAAGUCCCUGCGGGGACGCUCUGACGUGGACGUUAACUCGGCGCCCGCUGCCCCGGGUGUCCGAGACCCGAGAGGCUCUGCACCGAGAGGGGAAAUCCCAGACGUCCGGUGACGACCAGGAACAUCUGAGCGGAUCAUUCGGUCUUGGGGACGGCAGAGCGACACAAGAAGUGGAAGAAGAUGAGGCAGCAGGCUCGAAAAAAUUGGGAGUUGUGAGCAAUGGAAACGCUCAGGUCGAUGGAAUAAACCUUAAAUUUGGAAUAACUGUUACGGAGGGUAAUGGAGACUCUAGAAAAGCUACUAGUAGAAUGGAAAUAAAUGCAACAAAAGAUAAUUUCAUUAGUAGUUUAAGACCAACAUUCACUGGAAAUAAACAAAAUGAGAAGUCAGUGGGGCGUCAUGGGUUAGGAGGCAUUAGUGAGAAUGAUGUGUUGUAUGGCAUGAACCCACACAAUUAUUCUUAUUCGCAAAUGGACGAAUUACCCGAUGAUUCAGGGAGUGUUCAAGAAAAAAAUGAUAUCAGAGACGAGUUCAAUUCUAUUGAGAAUGAAGUCACUGCAGAGAGUUCCAUUGAGAAUUUUCGACAAGUUUCCAAUGUAAGAUUCUUUUUGGAAAAAGAACGAAAGAUAUCAACGAAUAUUUUCAGCUUGUCAAAUUUAGCCUACGAUAUUGCAAGAAGUGAUUUUUAUGACAAUGAACUGAAUAGAUUGCUUUAUAAAGAUGAAUAUGAUGAAAUUCUUCGUCAGAGACGAGAGAAAAGGUCAAUAAUCGCUGGGGGAAACCAAGAUAAAAAUUUUAGAGAUUUACCUGCUGAACUCAAAACUGAUACUCAGGCACAAAAACCUGUCCGAAGAAAAGAAAAAUAUCAAAGAACGAUAAGUAAAUUACACGAGUCUCCCAUAGAAGUUUGGUUUCAGGAUCCCGUUCACGAGAAUUGGCUUGAGGGAAAUUUCAGGGAUGAGAGCGUUGGCAUUUUAACAUCAAUAAACUUGAACGCCCGUCGGCAUUCCAAUAAUUCAAUUGUGUUCAGUCCUGUACCGAAUGAACGGCAUUUCCAAUCGAAGCGUCUCGCAAGACGUCAUCGCGUUGCUUCUCCCAAGCCGCAUCCCUUCAAGAUCAAUGCAGUUAUACCGGCAGUUUAUUGGGACGAGAUCAGGCGCUGGGCAGCAAAACAUCCAGGCGAAGCAACUGACACUUCAAGUUAUCCAGUGGCUAAAAAUUUUACGGCAUUCCCGUCGACUGUUUUUGGAAGAAUAUAUCCUAAUUCUGGAAAAUAUGAUGUUAGUGUAUAUAAACUGCCUUCAAACUUAAUAUCAUUAAUAAACAACAGCCACACCUCUUCGGCAUCACAACGAGUGACGAAAGUGGAAUUUCAAGAACUUCCUUCAAAUGAAAUUUUUGAGAAGCAGCGGGCUGAUGGUAAACAGCAAUUUCUAGGAACAGGAGAUAGAAAUCUAGUAACCAAUUCAAACAUGAAGAGUUUAACAACACAUGAAUUUUUGCGAUCUUCCUUAGCACACUCACCAACAACUCCCACUCAAUUCCAAUCACAUUCCAAUGUCGACACCAACUCUUCAAUUGACGAAAAUUUUAGAGGAGUUCUGUUGCCUUCAAUUGAAGUCAGUCGAAGCCAGCGCGACGAAAAAGGAAUUUUUGGCUCAAAUAAAGAGUCAAAUAAACGGGAAUCGUGGAAUGGAGAAAGUGAUAUAGACGAUACAUCAAAUAUUAACGAAUUUAAUAACAAAAAACCGACGCACUUACGACUCGCGCGAAGUGAAGUGAGGUCAGUGAGAUCUACCGAACCUUUUGAAGCAUCAAAAGCUUCUCUAAGAGAAAUGAUUUCCAACGCAUGGAGUAAACCACGACAGAUGAUGCUGAACAAUUGGCGAUCACAUCACACCUACGAAUCUUCUAGUGAUGGAAACAUUCAACCUAGUCAUGAAGCAGUGAAAAAAUUGCAGUUUUCACCCGCUGGUGUUGAGCAGGUGGCAAGUCGCACGAUUUGGGGGAGAGUUAGUCGCUAUGACUUACUAGACAGCGGAUCUGGCAGUCGAAUUUGGAGCUUCUCUACACCCAACGCCUCGGCUGGGGUCUACGUUCUGACACUUUCCUCGUCGUCCGCGUCGCCUGUGGCAGUGCAGGUGCAGGCGAGUCGCCUGCUGCACGACGCUCGUGCAGACGGCUCCGUGACAGCGAUGGUGACCAACCGCCCCCGCGAGCCUCCCAUGCUCACCAUCAGCUGGCUCAGUGAUCCAGAUGAGAGUGAAGAAAGCCACCCACGCUUCCCACGGCCGACCCCUUCAUAUCAACGCGAAGAUGUCGUCAGGAGCGGCAACGGAACCAGCAACUCAAUUGCAUUUCGCGACCUUGGCAACACAUUUGUCAACGAUCGCCCCCUCGCUUCACAGGAGAUGGCCCGAGCUUUUUCUCCUGACAGAGCGUCUAAACCUGUUAGAGGAACAGGAAGAAGAUCAUCAACGAGCAGCCACAAGCAGUAUUGCUUGGUAUUGAGCGAAGAGCAACAAUACGAGUCGCUAUGUCGAGCCCGAGCUUCGGACGAGCCUUCCGUCAAACUCGGCUGCACGCGCCUUACGCGCUACANGGCAGUGUGGCAGGCAGGGUCUUUGAUGCCGCUGGGCCAGACGAGUCUGCGCGGCGCAGGCAGGAGCAAAGUUCCUUAUCUCCGGCAAGGAAUUCUCCACAAAAUCCUGCUGUCAGCAAGAGGAGCUGCGACCGCAAAGUUCAGGGUGCGCAGGAACCCUCAGCGUCUGCAUGUGGCGGCUGUGGCUUGCCGUGGAGGUCUUUCGAUUUCGGUGCGUGAAGGAGGACCUGAUGGCCUCAGGGUGGUUGAGGCUGAAGGCCGAAGCGCCCUCAUCGUGUCCGUUAGACAUCCUCCGAAGGGAUUGCUCCACAUCACAGUCACUCCAUUUACCACACAUUCCUCACACACGAUUUUCAUCGCAGCAGCGACUUCAGCAAAACGUCUUCCACUCCCAAGGCUGCCUCAGAGUUUCACAGUUCGAGCAGAUGUAGCGUCGUGUCAUUCCGCAACCAUCGCUUGGCAAUCAGCACCUGGUCGGCCAAAAUAUUGCGUUAUGCUUGAAGAAGUCAUAGGGAGGCCCAAGAUUACUUGGCCACCGAUUCAGUGUGGCUGGGAACGUAAAUUAGCCGACCCUUCUACUCUGGCGCACUGUAGUCCAGGAUAUAAAGGAAAGAGACAGACUUGGCAGUUGCUGGGAUUAAAAGAGGACACAACAUAUUCGGUCACUGUACUCAUCACGCACCAGAUCUCGAACAGAACGCUGUCUCUCGCACCCUCUGUGUUUUACACCCCACCUUGUUCAUGAAAAUGUCCGUAAAACAUCUGGACUCACAAUUUAACGAGUCUCCAUAUUCCAUUCAACAAAGUUCGAGGAAACGAGACAUUUUUCCAGAGUGACCGUCAGUGAUGUGAGAGAGCUCAGUGCCGCAACGCCAACAAUACAGUCUCCUGAAGCAGGGAAUUGAUGACUGACAAAACACUCGAGGGCUCCGGUUUCUUUACAGCUUCGAGCAAAAUGAAACGCUCUCGCAGGAAACUUUUUCCUAAAUUGAAGUGAGAAUACGGAUUUUGAAUACUGGAAAUCGUUGCUCUCAAUUCUCGGUCGUUGAUGUUAAUCACUUCCAGCUCGGAACUCAAAAACAUUCAAUCCGAAUUUCAAAAUCGAUUCCGGGAAAUACACAUUGAAAAAAUCUUUUAUCACUGCGGAAUAAAUUAAAACUGUUAACUGUACUUUAUUGCACUGGCGAUUGAAGAUGCAAUAUAAAUAAGUUAAUUGCCGAUUAAUUUGGGAAUAAACUGAUAUCCAAAAUAUUUAAUUGUUCAUUUC